ACUGACGCGGCCUCUCAGGCUAUGGUUAUUAUAAAAAUAUUAAAAUACAUUCUUUGGAUUACUAAGAGGAAAUACAAAAAAGGUUACAGAUCUAACUUCUUAAACUCUGAUAAGGAUAUGCGUUUUUUUCACAUUAUAAAUAUCAACUUUCCCACAUACAUGUACUUUGGAACUCAAAACAAUUAUCGAAAUCCUCCGCCAGAAAAAUGUGUAUAUAAAGGCCGCAACCCCCAGAAAUGUCCGCCACUUCAGCACCAAAACUCCCGGGGUCAAUGGGGAAUUCCCUAAAUUUUCUUAAACGGAUUCUCCUCCCACUCAUCAUCCUCUCCGUAGCUCACCUCGCCGCUAGCCAAGAGACCCAACACAAGUCACAGCCCCAUGGCCUAGAGCACCUCCUCCCCCAAUUAUCUCACCGGGGGAACCAUCAAUUGGAGCUCCAAAAGGAAGAGUCAAGGGCAGAGUACCGUAUAAUUAUUGCAUGGAUCCUCUGUUUCAUAGCUGCCUCUGUUUCUAGUGCAGGAGGGGUUGGUGGUGGCUCCCUCUACCUCCCCAUCCUGAACCUUGUGGCUGGCCUAGACCUCAAGUCAUCCACCAGUCACUCAGCCUUCAUGGUCACGGCAGGUUCACUAUCCAAUGUGUUAUAUAACAUCUUCUUCGCAAGCCCAGGUCCUGGAGGCAAGACCUUGAUCAACUAUGAGAUUUGUCUGCUCUCGGAGCCAUGCAUGCUCUUAGGAGUGAGUAUCGGAGUGGUUUGCAACAUUAUGUUCCCAGAGUGGCUAAUCACUGCCCUUUUUGCCGCCUUCCUUGCAAGCUCCACCUAUAAGACCUGCAGUGCUGGGUUCAAGUUCUGGAGAUUAGAGACAGAGGAGGUGAGGAGAGGUGAGGCUUUUAGGCUUGAGAGGGGUGGGAAUGAAGUGGAUGAGAAGGGGAUGGAAGAGCCUUUCUUGGGUGGAGGAGAAGGGGGUGGGCUGAGGGUUCCUUGGAAGGAUCUGGUGGUCUUGCUGAUGAUCUGGCUCUGUUUCUUUGUGCUACAUGUCCUCCUAGGAGACAAAGCCGGGAAGGGUGUUGUAAACAUAAAACCAUGUGGAGUUGCAUAUUGGCUCAUCACAUUAUCCCAAGUUCCUUUUGCCAUUGUUUUUACAGCAUAUAUUCUGUAUGACAAGAAGAAGAAAAGAUUACAACCUCAAAGUCAACAAGAUAUAGAUGGCAAGGACAUUGCAGCGGAAACCAGGAUGGAAGCCUUGCCCAUGUUUGUUUUUCCAUCAGCUGCCCUCUUCACAGGGGUUUUAGGUGGCCUUUUUGGCAUUGGUGGGGGAUUGCUCAUAAACCCUGUGCUUCUUCAGAUAGGGAUACCUCCACAGAUUACGGCAGCAACAACCACUUUCAUUGUUCUGUUCUCGGCUUCGAUGUCCAUGGUUCAGUAUGUCAUCCUGGGCAUGAAGGGGAUCGGUCGAGCUUCAAUUUAUGCUGCAGUUUCUUUUGUGGCUUCAGCUCUUGGGCUGGCUAUCAUAGAGAAAGCCAUACAAAAGUCAGGUAGGGUGUCUAUCAUUGUGUUUAUGGUUAGCAUGGUGAUGGUUCUCAGCACGGUUUCAAUUACUUGCUUUGGAGCAAUUGAUGUUUGGAGACAAUACACCACUGGGAGCUACAUGGGCUUCAAACCACCUUGUUAAGCUUUCUAUAAGCCUCUGCAGAUCAUAAAUAAAUGGUAUUCGGCUUCUUAGGAAGAGAGAAGGUGAAUUUGUAAUCUGAUAUUAGUCCUCGGAAUUUGGGCCCUGCUGCCUAAUGUAUGCCAUAUCUGUAGAGAGCUGUUUGCUUAAUUUUAAUCUCUUCUUUUUGGGGGGGGGUAAAUAAUUUUAAUC